AUGUUGAAUAUUACGUUUUUCAAAACUAUAAAAAUGGCUGACACAAUUCCAACUUCAGCAUCUGGUCCAACAUAUCUUCUUCGACGGUCAAAGUCAUCAUUACCUACAUUCCGAUUUAAACCACCAGUAGUUAGUUCUCAAACAAAACUUAAGCGACAGCCGACUGUCGUCUUACUUAAUUGUCCGGUGCAUGGAUGCAAAGGAAAAUGCUCGUGUCCGACAGAAUCUAACAGGCAAGGUAAUCUAGGCAACGCUGAUUCUCUUUACCAAAAUGAGUUUACUUCGACAACAAUAAAACCAUUUAAUAAUAAUCCACCAUUACCUUGUACUCAAAAAAAUGUUGUUGGAAACAAUUUUCAAUUCAAUCCAGCAUCACAAAGUGCCAAUUGGGAUGGUCUUGAUGAUGGACAAUUAGGCUCAUUGAUGAUCUAUCGCGAUGCUCUGAAGCAAAAUCUAACAACGCCUUACAAAGCCGGAGGAAGUAGUCUUCCAAAAAUGCGUUUAGGCCGUGCCGGAGGUUUCUGGCGUCAUAUCAAACAAACAAAUACAUACUCCGGCUCAAAUCUUGCCUUUGUUGAUGGCACUGUUCGAGUUGAUGAUACAUUCAAAUAUCCAAUACCUCGUUAUGGCUAUCCACCGGUGAGCCAAUCACAACAAGUGAAUCCGACCUCAUCAAGUCAAGAUCUAUCAUAUUCAACAAUGAAUUCAGCAGUACAAUCGACCGAUCCAGUGACAUGGUCAGCAACUGCACAAUUAAAUCGUCGACCUUCGUUAUCACAAUAUUCGAAUCGCUACGAACGUCAUGCAAAAGAUGGUUUCGCCUAUUGGCCAACAGAUACUGAAUACAAAAAGCCACGCUGUAAACCAAUGACAACUGGAACUUAUAAGACAUGGCUCGGUCUUAGUGAUUCCAUACUCAAACUUUGA